CUUAAUUCACUUUACAGUAUAUUCUGUGAAGAGCUUUGAGACAUCUCAAAGACGUGAAAAGGGCUAUAUCAAAUGCAAGGAUUAUUAUCAUUAUCAAACACAAGGAUUAUUAUUAUUAUUAAUUAGAUUGCAGCUUUAUGAUCACAUGCCCAUGUCCAUUAUUCUAUAAAUAACCCAUAUGAAUUCCUUGAUCUAACUGUAGCUCUGUAACCAUCGCUGGAUAUCCAUUAUCUAUGUAUGAACUACCUGAACCCCUCUGCUUAGUUUUCAGCCUGUAACCCACUCCCCAGGAGGGUGUGAUUCUCUAUCUAAUUAUCAUUACUCUUCCUUUGGUGUGCUGGCGCCGGCUGUGUGUGAUGCUGCAGCAAAACAACGCUCUGAUUGUCAAGACAAAGGGUUUAUUUGCAUUUAUUCCGAAUAUCACAUAAAACAUCAAUGGAUAUAAAUAGAGGCCAGAUAGUAAAGGAGACUGCAGUAUGAAAGGUUACAUAUCACAUUCAAUCCUCCCAAACAUUGUAUUCCUGUUGAGGUUUUAACAGGAAAUCUUUUGUUGCCAAACGAUGGAACUGGAAGAGCACAAGGCAACAACUGCUUGUAUCCAAAAUAAAUUAUCUGCUGGUCAAGUCACAUCCGACCAUUGCAUUCCUCGCUAUGUUUCACAGCUAGAGGUGGGGAUCAAGGGCAGCAAAGACAGCAAUAAUAGAGGAGAACCGGUCAACGUGAAUGUCCAAACCAUUGUCAAAACCCUUGAGUUUCAUUUGCAUUCACAGAACAGUGACUCAAUGCAUCAACCAAUAACUGUCAAUGUCAGAUCUGGUGGGAGAAAACUUGGGGAGAUUCCGAGCACUUCUCAUUCUUCCUUUGACAGCACAAGUCUGAUGAAUCAAAGGCGAGGUCCCCUGAGUCCAAUAUACAGUUCGAGCAGUGACAUUGGAAUGAAAAGUACGGCCAUGGACACAUUUAGAAAUACUCUAAAUCAGCUGCUGAACAAUGGAAGGAAACGUGUUGAAUUUAACCAUCGUGUCCAAAAGCCAAAAGGUCCUCGAGCUCUGCCGGCAUCGUGGCAGAAACCCAGAUCCUGAAUUCCAGAUCAGGGUUACAAUUAAACUGUCCAAGAGCUCUCCAGAUGGCCUGGUGAAGGAAAAUACAGUUAUAUGGGCAAGGUGGAUGCACAGACCAUACAGAUCAGAAGUUACCUGAUCUCAGCAUUGGCGAUAAUAGUGGAUCUAGUGGAGUCCUGUAGCUCAGUGGUUAGAGCACUCGCUUUGCAAGCGAGAGACCCGAGUUCAAUUCCAGGCGGGUGAAACCUUGGGCAAGUUUCCUUACUCCACACGCCAAAUAAUAAUCCUUCCAAAAAACAAAAACAAUAAUAAAUUGGUCAUUUUCAAUCUACGACUGUUUGUGGGACAGUGCUGUGCGCAAUUCGCUGCCGCGUUCGCCCACAAAUAUACAGUCAAUUCACUUUACAGUAUAUUCUGUGAAGUGCUUUGGGACGUCUAGAAGAUGUGAAAAGCGCUGUAUCAAAUGCAAGGAUUAUUAUUAUUGUUAUCUAAACUUAGAAAAAAAUUGUUUCUGUUCUUGUUCUUUUCCCUGCUGGAAGUUUCACAUAUGGGUUGUCACGGAAGAACAGGAUUGGGAUUAUGAUACUCUACCGUGCCCAACAAUUGCCAAUACGCAAGACUCAUGCAUGAACCUGAAUUGGUUCAGUACUGGCUACAGUAAAUAAUAAUUGGAGAAUUUUAUAAAUACUGUAAAUGUUCAUUAUAAAUAUUGUAAAUGUAAAUGUGGGUGGGGUAAGGAAGACCAGAAGAUGUGAAUGUUAGAAUGUUCAUUUUGCCUAACCUAUCUCUGCAUCCUGAUAAAUUACUGUUUUGUUUAAUUCAAUUCACUUUACAGUACAUUCUCUGAAGUGCUUUGAGACUCUAGAAGAUGUGAAAAGCACUAUAUCAAAUGCAAGGAUUAUUAUUAUUAUUUGUUUGCAGUGUUAUAAAUAUAUACUGAAGGAAA